UUUCUUGGGCGAAAGCAAGCACGACAGCUGGAGAGCGAAAUUGAGAAUAAACUAUCUGCAUAUGCAAAGUUGGCUAGCGGUUAUGGGAGAGAACGAGGAGAGGCUGGUGUGAGUGGGAUAACAGGACUAAGUACUGAAGCCGUGGAAGCAGAGGUUGAUGAGUUGAUAAAGAAGAUAUACAUAAUUAGUGGCAUCAGUGAUAUCAAUGUGUAUCAUUGUACUAUUUCUGUAUAUUCGACAUACUUAUAA